CUCGCUCACUCUCCCUUUACUUCAUCCAUUCUCACUCAGUCAACUUUGUUUCAAUUGGCGUUCAGAUUCAGUUACCGUGCGACCCCAUCAACCGCUUCUUCACCCGCCAUUCCUUCAACCGCCGCUUCUCCACUCCGAAUGGGAAGUGACAGCGUAGACAAGCUCAGGAUUUGCAUUGAUAGAGGAGGCACGUUCACUGAUGUUUAUGCUGAAAUCCCAAGUUAUUCUGAUGGUAGUGUUCUUAAACUCUUGUCUGUUGAUCCAGCAAACUACGAGGAUGCUCCAGUUGAAGGCAUUAGGAGGAUUCUUGAAGAAUUUACUGGAGAGGAAAUCCCGCGGACCUCAAAGAUACCCACAGGUAAGAUAGAAUGGAUAAGAAUGGGUACAACAGUAGCAACAAAUUCACUUUUGGAGAGAAAAGGAGAAAGGAUUGCUCUUUGUGUUACCCGCGGUUUUCGGGAUUUACUCCAGAUUGGUAACCAGGCUCGUCCCAACAUAUUUGAUCUCACUGUAUCAAAACCAUCAAACCUUUAUGAGGACGUUAUUGAGGUUGAUGAGAGAAUUGAGCUUGUACAAGGUGAGGAUAAGAAUACAGACUCUUCUGCAUCUUUAAUCAGAGGGAUUUCGGGUGAGCUUGUCAGGGUUGUGAAGCCUCUUAAUGAAGAAGCUUUGAAGCUUUCACUUAAAGGUCUGUUAGAUAAAGGAAUUAGCUGUUUGGCUGUUGUAUUGAUGCACUCAUAUACUUACCCACAACAUGAAUUAUCCGUGGAACAAAUAGCUAUGAGUUUGGGCUUUAGACAUGUUUCCUUAUCUUCGGCUUUGACACCUAUGGUUCGAGCUGUUCCUCGUGGUCUUACAGCUACUGUGGAUGCAUACUUGACCCCUGUUAUAAAAGAAUACCUAUCAGGGUUUAUAUCAAAAUUUGAUGAAGGGCUGCAAAGGGUGAAUGUUUUGUUUAUGCAGUCUGAUGGAGGACUUGCACCAGAAAGUCGAUUUUCAGGACAUAAAGCAGUUUUGUCAGGUCCUGCUGGUGGAGUUGUUGGUUACUCACAGACUCUUUUUGGGAUUGAAACGAACAAACCACUUAUUGGGUUUGACAUGGGUGGUACAUCGACAGAUGUGAGUCGUUAUGCUGGAAAUUAUGAACAAGUCCUGGAAACCCAGAUUGCAGGGGCCAUUAUACAGGCACCUCAGCUUGACAUAAAUACUGUUGCUGCAGGUGGUGGAUCAAAGUUGAAGUUUCAAUUUGGAGCUUUUAGGGUAGGACCAGAAUCUGUUGGUGCACACCCAGGUCCUGUGUGUUACCGUAAAGGGGGGGAAUUAGCUGUUACAGAUGCAAACUUAAUUCUUGGAUUUGUCAUACCUGAUUAUUUUCCAUCCAUAUUUGGCCCUAAUGAAGAUCAACCCUUAGAUAUUUGGGCAACUAGAGAAGCAUUUCAAAAGCUUGCAACAGAAAUAAAUACCUACAGAAAGAGCCAAGAUUCAUCUGCAAAGGACAUGGCUGUGGAGGAGAUUGCUCAAGGAUUUGUAAACGUAGCGAAUGAAGCAAUGUGUCGUCCUAUACGACAAUUAACUGAAAUGAAGGGCCAUGAGACAAGGAACCAUGCUCUUGCAUGCUUUGGAGGUGCUGGACCUCAACAUGCCUGUGCUAUUGCUAGGUCUUUGGGCAUGACAGAAGUACUCAUUCACAGGUUUUGUGGGAUAUUAAGUGCUUUUGGGAUGGGAUUGGCAGAUGUUGUGGAAGAGGCACAAGUGCCAUAUUCUGCUGUUUAUGGUCAUGACACUGUGGUGGAGGCUUCCUGCAGGGAAGCAAUUUUAUUGAAGCAGGUUAAGCAGAAGCUACAAGAGCAAGGGUUUGAAGAUGAAAGCAUUAAAACAGAGACAUAUCUGAACUUGAGAUACGAAGGCACAGACACUUCAAUUAUGGUAAAGAAACAGAUGUCUGCUGAUGGAAUUGGAUAUGACUUUGACGUGGAAUUUAUGAAAUUGUUCCAACAGGAGUAUGGAUUUAAAUUACAGCAGAGGAAUAUUCUAAUAUGUGAUGUUAGAGUUCGUGGUGUAGGAGUCACCAAUAUAUUGAAACCAAGGGCUUUACCACUUGCAUCUUAUCCUCCUCAAGUUGAAGGCUCCUACAAGGUUUAUUUUGGAAAUGAGUGGCAAGAGACACCAUUGUUCAAGCUUGAGAAACUAACUUAUGGACAUGUUGUGCUUGGUCCUGCUAUAAUUAUGAAUGGAAAUAGUACUGUUAUAGUAGAACCCAACUGCAAAGCCAUCAUAACCAAGUAUGGAAAUAUCAAAAUAGAAAUAGAGCCUAUUGCAAGCAUUAUCAAAGUAUCUGAAAAGGUUGCAGAUGUUGUGCAACUUUCAAUAUUCAAUCAUAGAUUUAUGGGUAUAGCUGAACAGAUGGGAAGGACCCUGCAAAGAACUUCUAUAUCCACAAACAUAAAGGAAAGGCUAGAUUUCUCUUGUGCUCUAUUUGGGCCUGACGGGGGACUGGUUGCAAAUGCCCCACAUGUUCCUGUGCACUUGGGAGCCAUGUCUAGUACAGUUCGCUGGCAGCUGAAUUACUGGGGUGACAAUUUAAAUGAAGGAGAUGUUUUGGUAACCAAUCAUCCUUCUGCUGGGGGUAGUCAUCUCCCUGAUAUAACUGUCAUCACUCCUGUUUUUGAUAAUAAAAAACUUGUAUUCUUUGUGGCAAGUCGAGGGCAUCACGCUGAGAUUGGUGGUAUUACUCCUGGUAGCAUGCCACCUUUUUCCAAGUCAAUAUGGGAGGAAGGUGCUGCCAUAAAAGCAUUUAAGCUUGUAGAAAAUGGGAUUUUUCAAGAAGAAGGUAUGGCUAAACUUCUUCAGUUCCCCAGCUCUGGUGAAUUAGCAAAGCAGGUCCCAGGAACUCGCAGGCUGCAAGAUAAUUUAUCAGAUCUUCAAGCUCAAGUAGCUGCCAAUCAGAGAGGUAUUUUUCUUAUUAAAGAACUGAUUCAGCAGUAUGGUUUGGAGUCAGUUCAAGCUUACAUGACAUAUGUACAGUUGAAUGCUGAAGAGGCGGUAAGAGAAAUGCUGAAGUCAGUUGCUGCGAACGUUUCAUCCCAAUCAAUUUGUGCUGGAGAUGGAAAUUCUGUGACAAUUGAGGAAGAGGAUUACAUGGAUGAUGGAUCGAUUAUUCAUCUGAAGCUUACAAUUGAUUCUUAUAAAGGUGAAGCAAAUUUUGAUUUUAGUGGAACUAGUCCAGAAGUGUAUGGAAACUGGAAUGCACCAGAAGCAGUGACAUCUGCAGCAGUUAUAUACUGUCUUCGCAGUUUGGUGAAUGUUGAUAUUCCUCUUAAUCAAGGUUGUUUGGCUCCUGUAAAAAUUUAUAUUCCACCGGGUUCAUUCCUCUCUCCAAGUGAUAAGGCUGCUGUUGUGGGAGGUAAUGUCUUGACUUCUCAGAGAAUAACUGAUGUUAUACUUACUGCAUUUCAGGCCUGUGCUUGUUCACAGGGUUGUAUGAAUAAUCUUACUUUUGGGGAUGAUACUUUUGGUUACUAUGAAACAAUUGGUGGUGGUAGUGGGGCGGGCCCAACCUGGGAUGGAACCUGUGGAAUCCAGUGCCAUAUGACCAACACAAGAAUGACUGAUCCUGAGAUUUUUGAGCAGAGAUAUCCAGUUUUAUUGCAUAAAUUUGAGCUCAGAGAAAAUAGUGGAGGGGCUGGAAUUCAUAAAGGGGGUGAUGGGCUAGUUAGGGAGAUAGAAUUCAAGCGACCAGUUGUUGUUAGCAUUCUUUCAGAGAGGCGUGUUCAUGUGCCUAGAGGGUUGAAUGGAGGAAAACAUGGUGCUCGUGGAGCUAACUUCCUGAUUACAAAUGAUAAACGAAUAGUUUACCUCGGGGGUAAGAACACAGUUGAGGUACAGGCUGGGGAAAUUCUUCAGAUUUUAACUCCCGGUGGUGGUGGAUGGGGUUGCCCUGUUGAUUUGCCAUGCUGAUGUUAUGUUUCAUUGUGAAUUAGAUGUUUUUCGGGAAUCUACAAGUGAUAAUGGUUAUUUGGGUUACUUUAACAUGCAUUACUUGUAAUCUUACAUGAAUAAAGGAAUAAAUUGAUUGCUAUGUUUCAAUUUAA